GUGAUAAUUUGCUGACUAUUAUGUUCACACGAAAAUGCUGUUUGCUUUGCGCGAGAUUUAAUAUUGUAUUCUCGUAUUGUUGAACCACGACACUCUUACUGACUUCUCACUAUCAGUUCGUUAGUUCGUUGUAUCAUGUAUCGUGGGUGACCAGUAAGUAGAUUUAGCUUCUAUCUGCCAGCUUCUUCAACAUCUAGUUAGUUUGUCUUUGUGCUCCAGCUGUAUGUACCCAGCAUGUAGGUGUAAAGUAUGAGAAAGGCGAAGUAGACCUCCUCAGUCAUCAGGAAAGUUGGCAACAGGGGUGUAGGUAUGCAGCACAUUUUUUUCGUUUCCUUUUCAUAGAAACUGACCUGUCAGCAGCAACUAGCGUCUACUGCGCCACCGCUCUUUUUAAGCCAGAUUUUUUGGCAUCUAUACUGCAAAAGCUGGCAGAUGAAGCAUCGCAAUUGCGCUGGUGCAUUACCCUCAAUCGACUAGAACGGACGCCAAGGAAACUGGAAGAAACACCGUAUUUCGUCGUCAACAAUGCAUGCAGGGAUUCGUCCCAAAAUCCUUACGGAUAUUGGAUAGCAC